AAAUUGAACUCAAGCAGCUGAUCUCCAGAAUUUGUGGUGCCCACAGCCACUUCCACACUGGAGGAGUUAAGUAAGGCCAAAGUGCUUGUGCAAAUGGCCUGAGUACUAGUUUGCAAGGGACGCUGUUUGAAGGCUGUGGCUUUCGCUUGUGAGGAUUUCCAGGGGGAUGGAACUGGUGGCCAUGCCCCUGCUCUUAUCUGAGCCCCCAGUCCUGGGAACUCCCCCCACCACACACACACACCCGAGUUUCCCUCCGGUUUCCUCAGCUGAUUCACUCUCCCUUUCCCCACCACCUCCUUGUCAUGGCCUUGGCUCUGCGGCUGUUGCCUCUGCUGUUAUGGAAGGCCAAUGGAGACCCACUGGGCCCCCUGCAAGGCCACCCAGGGGACCGAGUGAAUCUCUCCUGCAUGGGGGUCUCACACCCCACACGCUGGGCUUGGGCACCUAGCUUCCCGGCCUGCACAGGUCUGUCCAAAGGUCGCCGCCCCAUCCUGUGGAACUCCUCCAGUGGGACCCCGACCGUGCCCACUCUGCAGCAUUUUGCUGGCCGCCUCCGCCCCCUGGGCCCUAGUAUUCAGCGGCUGGAACUGCUCUUGAGUGCUGGGGACUCGGGCACCUUUUACUGCAAGGGUCGCCAAGAGAAUGAGAGCCGGACAGUGCUGCAUGUCUUGGGGGACAGGGCCUAUUGCAAGGCCCUGGGACCUACCCACGGGUCUGUGUAUCCCCAGGUUCUGAUGUCGCUGCUGGGCGCAGGGCUGGCAUUGGGACUGGGAGCGCUGGGCGUGGCCUGGUGGCAGCGCAGAGCCUGCAAGUUGCAGAAUUGUCGUUGGCGCCGCCUGCGGCCAAAGAGAACCCGCGCAACAGGACUGGUGACUCUCAAAGACUCAUCCUCCCUUACAGGCGUGGCCCCCGGCACCCGCUUGGACCACUCUCCACAUCUGCGCUGUCCCUCCCACACAGCUCUGUACGUGAAUGUUGAGCCCCAGAGGUCCAUACAGGAGGACGCACCCAAGAUUCCAGGGAACCCGGAGCAGGAACCGAGCCUACACUAUGCCAAUCUGGACCAAAUGGCCCUCAGAAGGCCCCGACGGCUGUCUGAAGUGGUCUCUGCGGAUGCUCCCACCGUCUAUGCUGUUGUAGUUUGAAGGGAAGGCCUGGGUCUGAGUUUUCCAAGCUGGAGUCUCCCAGCUCUCCACAACCCCCAUUUCCCUCUUGGAUUGUCACCUAGAAGAAGGCACUAUGGAACAGAAACAAUCUAGGCGUAUGGAACCUAGGAGACCUGGGUUCCCCACUGUCUUUACCACAGAUCUUGUUCUUCAGUUAGUCCUAUCUCUUCUAAAAUUUCUAGGUCUCUCUCACCACAGAUGUCCUCCCUAAACCUGAUGGAGCUCUACCCAUAUUGCCAUCUUAAGACAUCAAUAACCCCAGAUAGUUGGCCCCUCUUUAGAUCAAGCUUGUUGAAUGAGGGGCAUACACCUGCCUCUUUACUCACACUGCUGAAACUGCUCAUUUACUCUCCACAGGAGUGCCAGUGAUGUCCUAAUUAACAUUGUUUUGUGUGUUUUUUCUGGUUGUUGUUUUUGCAUUCACUUGGCUUUUGAUUACUCCCCCCACCCCCCAUUUUGAGACAGGACCUUGCUAUGUAGUCCAUACUAGCCCUAAAUUCACUAUGAAGCCCAGGGUAGCCUCCAAAUCUUGAUCCCCUUGUCUCUGCCUCCUGAGUGCUGGGAUUACAGUCAUGUGACACCAUUUCCUGUUGACUACUACUUUCAUUAUCUUGUUACCAGUAUCUUCCUUCUGCACUCCUUGUCCUUACUCCCUGUCCCAAUUCUAUUCCCAGCCAAUCUACAUUUGUUCCUUUCUUUCUCCCUCUUACUCCUCUUCUGGAGUUAAUGCCUCUUCUGAAGUUCUUAUUCCCAACCAAUACUUAGCCAGAACUCUCUCCAGUCCAUCUGGACUGGACAGUGCAUCUGUCAUCUGUCAGAUCUAGGACAUCUUGUCCAAAUGGCUUUAGGCCUUUUGCACAUGGCAGGUCAAACUAACUCAGAGUCAUUACCCAAGACACUUGCUCUCCAUUCUCUCUUGAUCAAACCCAUUGCCCAAGUCAGAAACUAGGACUCAUGCAGGCCUCCAUCUGUCAUUACAAACAGUGAGCCAUCAAGUUUUGUCAUUGUAUCCUUU